AUGACCCCCAGCCUCUUCAGCCGGAUCGCUCGCGCGCGACGCACCGUCGUGCUGAGCAUCAAGAGCCUGCUGCUGCACCCGAUGCGCAGCGGGCUCACGGUGCUGGGCAUCCUCAUCGGCGUGACGAGCGUCGUCUGGCUGCUGGCGAUCGGCGAGGGGAUCAGCCGCGCGUCGCAGGAGCAGAUCGCCGCGCUCGGGGCGAACAACAUCAUCGUCCGCACGAUCAAACCGAACAGCGACAAGUUCGACGGCGGCGGCUACGGCGUCACGCGGGCCGAUUACGUCAAGCUCCGUUCGACGCUCUCGACGCUCGAGUCGGCCGUCCCCAUCCGCGAGAUGAAGAGCGAGUUCCGCGUCGGCCGGCGUUCGGUCGAGGGGCGGCUGGUGGGCUGCACGCCCGACUACCGCGAGACGGCCCGACUCACGAUCGACCGGGGCCGCUUCCUCUCCGACGGCGACGGCCUCACCGAGCGCAACCACUGCGUGCUCGCCGCCGAAGUCGCCCAAGAGCUGUUCCCGCUUGGCGGGGAACUCGGGGGCCUCGUGCAGCUCGACCACGAGUUCUACCAGGUGAUCGGCGUCGUCGAGCCGCGCUCGGCUUCGGCGGGCAUCGGCGGCUCGCUCGCCGCGGAGGACUACUCGGCCGACGUCUACAUCCCGCUGCAAACGAUGUGGCGCCGGCGCGGCGACCAGAUCAUCCAGAUCCAGCCGGGUCAGUUUCGCCGCGACCUGAUCGAGAUCUCGCAGGUCACGCUCCGCGUCGGCGACUCGGACGACGUGCUGCCGACGGCCGACUUGGUGCGCGACACGAUCGCCGACGACCACCCGCUGUCGGACUACGCCGUCACGGUGCCGAUGGAGUUGCUGGAGCAAGCGAACACGACGCGACUGAUGUUCAUCCUGCUCUUGGGCCUGAUCGCGGCGAUCUCGCUCGUGGUGGGCGGCAUCGGCAUCAUGAACAUCAUGCUCGCGACCGUCACCGAACGGACCCGUGAGAUCGGCAUCCGCCGCGCUCUCGGGGCGAAGCGCCGCGAUAUCGUCGGCCAGUUCCUGACCGAGAGCGUCGUCUUGUCGGUCGUCGGCGGCGGCUUGGGCGUCGUCGGCGGGCUAUUCUGCCGGCCGCUGGCGAUCGGGCUGCGGCAGCAGCUCGAGAGCUGGAUCCCUGAGCAGAUGGCCGCGGUCCCCGACCUGGUGCGAAACGUUGAGCCUGAGAUCGUGCCGUGGUCGAUCCCGCUGGCGCUGGGCAUCUCGGCGGUGGUCGGCGUCGGCUUCGGAACAGGCAUGCCCAUGCUUCGGGUGGGCGUGGAAGUCAGGGUGUCCGCCAAGCUGCGAGUUACUGCGCGUGGCGGCCUAACUGCGGACGGGCACAUUGACUGCGUUGGCUGGCUGGUUGAUGACAACGCAGACAGACGGAUCGAGCUCGUCGCGUCCCGUUUUUGGCAAUCUCUUUCGAAGUUUGCCCCUCCUACGGGCGGAGGAAAGUACCUGUUCUCCGAAGACGUCAUUGCAACAGGGAGACUCACGACCGGUGACGCAGGCGAUUCUGUGUUCCUUGCAACUAGCUUGCAAUUUGAAGACAGAUUCACUGGAAGCGUGCUCGUGACAUUUUCUACUUGA